AUGUGUCAGCUGAUUUUAAAAUCAGCUGAUACACGGAGCCGCUGCAUUUUCACUCUGCAGAUCGAGCUCGGGGGACAUACCUGGCCCCCCAGGCAGUCUUCCUGCGGUCAGUGACCGCGAUCUGCAGAGUCUAAUCGCAGAGAUAGCCUCUCACUGCGAUCUGAUCGCAGUGACAGCCUGUCACGGCGAUCAGAGUUACUAUGUGUCAGCCUAUUGUCAGCCCCCAGGCAGUCCCCCUGCGGUCAGUGACCGCGAUCUGCAGAGUCUAAUCGCAGAGAUAGCCUCUCACUGCGAUCUGAUCGCAGUGACAGCCUGUCACGGCGAUCAGAGUUACUAUGUGUCAGCCUAUUGGCUGACACAUGUAACAGCAGACAGAAUCCCCCUGCAGAUCGCGGUGGGGAGCAUGCCUGGCCACCCAGGCACUCCCCCUGUGGCCAAUUACCGCGAUCUGCAGGAGGUGAUCACAGUGACAGCCAGCCACUGUGAUCACUGA